ACUCCCCACCUUUCACAUAUUACGAAUCAGAUGUGUGGUGAUGGUAAUACAGAGCGCAACAUUAGCUGCUCGGUUGGUGAUGUUAAAAAGAGGGGCACCUGGGAGGUUUAAAAAUCGCCGGCGAUUAACGGUCUCAAACGUUAGAAACUGUUUUCAUGUUCUCAAAAUCGAAUAAUUGAUAGUAAAAAAUGAAUUGGUCAUUGGUGGUUUAUUCCGGGUCUUUUCCGGUGCCGUAGCACGAACAAAUGGAAUCGCAUUAAUUGCUGGUGAUUGGUUGUGAAAACCGGGAACAAGGCAUCACAAUUUUGGUGUUUAAGUCACGUUGACGACGAAUUGUGUGAUAAUUGAGGAAAAUUCGCAAGUGAUAGUGCAAUUAGGGGUUAUCCAUGGUGCCAAGUGCUUUCAUAUCGAGCAGUUAUCUAGUGAUCGGUUGUGGAUCAUCGAUUUACCGUUUAAUAAACCAUUCUCAUGAACAUUUUUCCAAAAUUCUACCGGAAUUUGCGUGUGCAGUAGCCGGCAUUGCCGCCAUUGGAGCAAGAUGUUUAUUCAACCUGGGGUAUAAUCUCCUCUGGAGGGAGUAUCCAAUCGAUCCCCUGUUGAUCGAAGCAGACAUGAAGUCCCAAUCGAAUGAAAGGAACAUAAUGGAUUCCAGCCUAUCAUUUUUUGGAUUUGCAAGUAUGGUAUAUUCCCUCUAUCACCGCCACAAUUACCAAACCUCAGGAAUUAUCAUUAUCUCAUCCCUGAGUCUCGCUGAGAUAAUCUGCUUGCGUGCGGAGAUAAAAUCACGAAGUCUAGUUCCUGAUGAUUCAUCAAGGAAUCAUGUGAAAAAUCUUGUGUCGAUAGUCGAUGAAUGUCUGACCUGGCUCGGGAUCUUGUCUUCAUCAAUCUUCGGAUGGGUGGUGAAAAACAAUUAUGCCCGACUAGCGACUAUCCCCUACAUAAUUUCGAACGUAAUUUACCGGCCCGAGGGCUUCUACCACGGAUGGUCGAUCAGAAACUGCUUGAUGAAUUACAUGAUGCUGGUUUACAUCAUCCUCAUGACUGAAGCCAUCUGCCAGCCAUCUUAAUAUGAGUUGAGCUCAAGUGAAAGUAUUUUAUGUUUAGGAAAAGGCAAAAACAUUCUAAUUAAUUUUUUUUUAGAUUUAAUUA